UCAGCAGCAGCACGUUCUGGUACACGUUGAAACGGUUGAAAGCGGUACCUCCCUGCGCGUACGUAGCUCGCUGUCGUGCAGGUGCUUUGCAUAAGGGGAGCUAGUCGCUUUCUUCCUAACUGUGUGCCAGAAGCUACCUGAAGUCAUGGCCGACCAGGUGGCUGCCAUGUGUGAUCAGCUUGUGAAAGCUGUGAAUGUGAUCAUGGAUGCAGAAACAAGCCAAAUGUACCGACUGGAGGCCCUAAAGUUUUGUGAAGAGUUUAAAGAGACGAGCUCCUUGUGCGUCCCAUGUGGCUUACAACUAGCAGACAAAGCCCAGCCAGCUGUAGUGAGACACUUUGGUUUGCAAAUCCUGGAGCAGGUCAUAAAGUUUCGAUGGAACAACAUGCAACAACAAGAGAAAGUCCAGCUGAAGGAGUGCUCCAUGCAGCUGUUGUCCAAUGGUACUCAUUCUAUCCUGGAGGAGGAGAGCCACAUCAAAGACGUCCUGUCACGAAUUGUAGUAGAAAUGAUAAAGAGAGAAUGGCCCCAAAAUUGGCCAGAUAUGCUGAAAGAGAUGGAGGCACUCACUGGCCAAGGGGAGGCACAGACUGAGCUGGUCAUGUUGAUCCUUUUGCGGCUGGCGGAGGACGUGAUCACCUUCCAGACGCUGCCCACUCAGCGACGCAGAGACAUCCAGCAGACACUCACACAGAACAUGGACAGCAUCUUCAGUUUCAUGAUGGCCAUACUGCAAAUUAACGUGGAGGACUAUCGUAAACUGAAAGGGUUACCUGGACGUGAAUGUCAGGCCAGAGCUCACUGUCGGGUCGCUGUGGUUACUCUAAACACACUCGCAGGCUACAUCGACUGGGUGACUCUUGUGCACAUUACCUCCGGAAACUGUCAUCUGCUGGAGAUGUUGUGUCUGCUGCUGAGUGAACCGGAGCUGCAGCUGGAGGCAGCGGAGUGUCUGCUUAUUGCUCUGAGCCGGAAGGGCAAGCUGGAGGAGAGGAAGCCGUUCAUGCUGCUGUUUGACGACGUGGCCAUCGAGUACAUCCUUUCCGCAGCCCAGUCAGCUGACGGACUGGCGAUAUGUAAGAAAUCCUCUGACUCACAAGAGGUGGAGGUGGUGGAGCGCCGUUACGUCUUCCUGAAAAGGCUCUGUCAGGUCUUGUGCGCUCUUGGAGGGCAACUCUGCUCAUUAGUGGGUUCAGACGUAGAGGUUGAGGUACCUGCAAAUCUCAGCAAGUACAUGGCAGCAUUUUUAGCUUUCACUACACAUUCCAGUCAGUUUUUAAAGUCAUCCACGCAGGCAACGUGGGGAGCUUUGUUCAGACACGAGAUCCUGUCAAAAGACAUGGUCGUUGUGGAGAUGGCCGUCAAAUACAUCAGGACGAGCAUGAUCAAUCUAGUCAAGGCUGGGUUUCCAUCCAGAGACGAUAACCCAAGUUGUCAGUACUCGCGUGUGGACUUUGACAGUGAUGAGGACUUCAACUCUUUCUUUAACGCUUUUCGAGCACAGCAGGGAGAAGUUUUGAGGCACGCUUGUCGCCUCGUUCCUCUAGAGGCUUUUCAGAUAGCAGCAGAAUGGUUACAGUAUCAGAUUGCCAGCCCGAUUGAUCCUGGUGAUGCAGCACCUAAGUCAGCAGAGGGAUUUUGCUCCAUGCUGUCUCCCUCAGUGGUCAAAUGGGAUGCAAUGACAGUCUUCAUGGAGUGUAUGACCUCGCAGAUCUUCAAAAGUCUGGGGGAGGAGAAGCUGCCCAUAGAUCAGAGCAUGGAGCUGCUGCAGGCCGUCCUGAACUACGAAACCAAAGAUCCGCUCAUCUUGUCCUGCGUGCUCACCAACAUCUCUGCCCUCUUCCCUUUUGUCACACACAGACCGCACUUCCUGCCACGGGUCCUCUACAAGCUGUUCAAAGACAUCACAUAUGAAAUCAAUCCAGAAAACAAGGUCCCUCGGACUCGAGCUGUAAAGAACGUGAGGAGGCACGCCUGUUCUUCUCUCAUUAAAAUUUGCCGGGAUUACCCAGAGUUCAUCUUGCCUUGCUUUGACAUGUUUUACAACCACGUGAAGAAGAUGUUAUCGAGCGAAGCCACGCUGACCCUCAUGGAAAAAUGUUCCCUGAUAGAAGCUCUGGUUCUCAUCAGUAACCAGUUCAAAGACUUUGAGAAGCAGAAGGCUUUUCUGGACGAACUGAUGGCGUCUGUGAUCGCAGACUGGACCUCAGACGAGAUGCGGCGUGUGUUGUCAGACCCUGCCACGUUCCUGUCUUUCGUUGGAGCUGAUCAGGUGGCCAGUGAGCAAAUUAAAGACAUGGAAGCAGAUACAGCAGGCCUAAACAGGGGUCGACUGAGCUUCGGUAUGUUUACCAUAUUGGCGGUGGUGAAGCGGACACGCUGGCCUGCGGACCUGGAAGAAGCUAAGGCUGGCGCCUUUGUGGUGGGCUACACUCCUGCUGGAGCUCCCAUCUACAGAAACCCCUGCAGUGCCCAGUUUCUGGUCCUGCUGCCCAACCUUCUGGCACUAAUCAGGACUCACAACAGUCUAUUCUUGCCGGAGAACAUGGCUCGUCUCAGUGAGACCUUCUCCAGAGCCCACGAUAUGAUGGAUGCAGAAAAAAAAAAUGUUCUCGGUCUGUCUCAGCCUGUUCUGGAUAUUUAUGACUUACCUGUGUAUAGAAGCAACCCUGAGCGCAUGCAGGGUUUUUUCUCCACGUUAUUUGACAACUGCUUCCAUAUCUUGGGAAAUGCAGCUGUGUCCCUGCAGCACGAAUUCUACAGCAUUGAGAGAUUGGCUGAUGGAAUAGCGGGCUCUGCCUUUGUCUCCCUCGACCAUAUGCCCGACUACAGACUUCGCCCAAUCAUUCGUUUGUUUCUGAAGCCGCUGGCGCUGUCGUGUCCUCAGGAGUUCUACGACAGUCAACUCUGCCCUCUGCUGGGCCCUAUGUUUGCCUACAUGCUGCAGAGACUCAACGUCAAGUGGCAGGUCAUCAACCAGAGGACGUCUAUCAAUGGUGAAGAGGAGGAGGAGGAGGUCAUCUGUCAGGAGAGCCAGGUGACGGAGGAGAUGUUGGAGGAGCAGCUAGUGCGGCUGUUGACCAGGGAGGUGCUGGACCUUCUCACUGUUAGUUGCAUCUCCAGAAAAGUGCCGGAACCUGCAGCGAAUAAAGAGGAAAAUGACGAGGAAGACAUGAUGAUGGAUUCAGUGCAGACGCCGUCUCCUUCACAGCCCACAGAGGAGCUGACCGAGCUUGGAAAAUGCCUGAUGAAACAUGAGAGCAUCUACAUGUCUCUUCUGACCCUAUCGUACACGUCGUUGUCGUGGAAGGACACCACUAACUGUCACCGCACUGCUUCCAUGGUCUGCUGGACGCUUCUGCGGCAGGUCGUGGGAGGUAAUCUCCUUCCCGAAGCCGUUACGUGGUUCUACACCAGUGUUCUUAGGGGCCUUCAGGUUCACGGCCAGCACGAGGUCUGCAACUCCACGCUCUCUCAACUGGCGAUGCUCAUCUACGAAAACUUGCGACCUCGCUACAUGGAGCUAAAAACGGUGAUGACCCAGAUCCCGAACAUCAACAUGGAGGCUCUAGACCAGUAUGAUCGCAGGCUCGUGGACCCCAGCUCCCAGAAGGGUUCUCAAAAGAUCGGAGAAAAGAAGAGGAAAGAGCAGUUCAAGAGGCUCAUCGCAGGAACAGUUGGGAAAGCUCUGUGCCAGCAGUUCAGGAAAGAAGUUCAUAUCCGGAAUCUUCCAUCGCUCUUUAAAAAGCCGAAGCAAGACAAGGAUAUACAGGACAGUGAGGCGCUGGGCCUGGCAGCUCUCUUCGUCCCGGACAAUAAUACCUUGUAGGGACACACAAUAGUUUGUACUGAUUGAAUACGGAGUCAUGUGUACAAAGCAGUGGUUUCCCUUCACCACGCUCCAGCUGGAGCAGUCUGGCGAUACCGAACAUAUCUGUCAACGUUGCUCUUUUCUAAAAGUUUCCCUUUAUUCCACCAGAGCACGGUUCACACUCAUGCUUAAUAUAUUUUUCCCGCAUUUGUGCAGGCAGGUAUGUACACUAAAUACUUUAAAUCUUGUCGCACACAUCUCCUCAAUUCCCUUGUGAAUGCAAACGAAGCAGAUAAGCUAUGGAAAUUUUCAAGAAAUAUUUUUUUAGUGGUCUUUUUUUCCCCACUACUGUUUGAAGAUUUUAUCUUAACACAACCUGACAGAGUGGCAUUAUUAUCUCUUCUGCCGCAGAAACUGUAUUGAGCAACAAACUACCUUAAAAUAGGACGAUUCUACAUUCUGUUUUCACUUUUUCGUUUUUAAGGGCCUGUAUUUGCCAUUUGCCCGACAUCCUGCACACAGAGGAUGCCACAGAUUUGCAGAACAAGGGAAUCAAACCGGGAGUCCGGCUGUGGGUUUCUAUUCGGCAUAACAAUUGAGGUCUAAUGAUAUCCAAAUAACAGAAGCCAGCGUAGUUGUAGAGGUAGCCUGUUAGUAUAUUAUGAAGGAAGAAGAUCAUUUAUCCCACAGACCUUAAAGCAAAAGAGAAGUAUCAGAGGUUUCGGAUAUUUCAGAGGUUGGCAGAUAUGUCGUGUGGCCACGCUGCUGUCGAGGCUGUAAGAUCAAAAAGAAGGGAAGAAAAAUUUAGGACUGAUCCAGUUGCACAUUUCUCUUUUUACUGAAUGAGCUUGAAUGAUUCUGAAGGAUAUGCUAAUUGGUACCUCAGGUGUGACGAUCCUUACGAAGGAGUGAAGAUACUUUAACUAACCUAAGAUAAAAAAAAAACAAAACAGCUGGAUUGUGUUUUUUUUUUCACGAAUGGCGAUGAUAGAUGUAUAUUUUGCAAAUAUGACACAGCUGAUUACAGCGAUGGCAGUUUGCAUUUUGCAAAUUUUUCAUAUCCGCACAACUCACACGGCCUAAGUACUGUUUGGACUUGCUUAUUUAAUGCAGAGCACAUAUCAUACUACAAAUAAUACAGAAAGAGUUUGUGCCAAAACACUCGCUGUAGGUUCGUGAGCAGAUGGUCGUGUCUGAGAAGAUUAACGUGUAAGUUAAAUAAAGACAAAUUAAGUAUGAGUUCAGAAAGUAAUGUGUAGCUUAAUCCAAGUCUUUCAGUUCUGGAUGAUAUUGUUUUUUAUGUAUCAGCUUUGGCAUCUGGGGAGAAAAAAGAAAAGAAACCAGCACUACAUUCCUUCAUUAUCCAAGGGAUUGGUUUUAAGCAUAAUUUGUUGGAUGUGUUUUGCUCUUAUGGAGCCGUCAUCGUGAUGAGUUAUUUUGUUUUUCAAACUGUUUUUUUUUUGUGUGUGGAUUCAGACCAAAACUGAGCUCUUUUUAGUAUAUAAAAGGAUAUUAUCAAAUGCAUAUCAAAUGUUUGCCCAGGAACAGAAACAAUUGCGAAACCUGAUUUUUUUUUUUUUUUUUUUUUGUCAUUUGAUUGAUUUCCCUGUGUUUGUGAUGAUUGUUUGUUCACAUGUGGCCAUUUAAAAAGAAAAAAAGGAAAAAAAAGAAAAGCCUGUUCAACACUAAAAGGAUCUGUACAAAGGAGAAAAUAGGCUUUUUAAAAGUGUAGUGUGGUUUAUAUUUUUGUUGUUUUUAAAUAAAAAUAUAUUAUUUCCA